AUGGGCGUUUUUGGCUGGACUAACAGGCUCGUUACGCUGCUAUUUCUAGCAGGAACUACGCUACUUCUCAUUCUCAUUGUGCUCUCGGGCGCAAUCGAAAGUUACCCUAUCGAUCGGUACUACUGGGUCCAAGGUGACACCUCGGGCAUCUCGGGCGCUCCUGCGGUUUCCCGGUGGACUUUCUGGGGCGUGUGCAACAUCGACUCCAACGGCAACACUCAUUGCGACAGUCUUGCUCCCGCAGACCCAAUUUCUCCAGUCGACAAUUUCGGUACCACCGUUAACGUGCCUUCCGAUUUCGUGACCAACAGAAACACUUUCUACUACCUCACACGUUUCUCGUUCUGUUUCUUUUGGAUCGCACUUGCUUUCUUAGGCAUUGCUUUCUUGCUCUACAUCCUUUCAUGGUGCUCCUAUGCCUUCAACAAAGUCGUCUUCCUUUUGGUCGCGGUCGGCGCGCUCUUCGACCUCGCCGCGGUCAGUCUUCAAACCGCCGCCGCAGUGAUGGCUCGCAACGCAUUCCAUUCCGCCAAACUUUCUUCCAACGUCAGCGCUACGCUUUUCGGUAUUGGUUGGGCCAGUGUCGCUUGCUCCAUCUACCUUUUCUUUUCCACGGGCGCCUCCUUCAUCAAAAGAGCUUACCAAUCCCACAAGGAGUACGUCGAAAUGCAGAAGUACAAGGAGCAAGCCCUCAUGUACCAGGGCAAGCAAGAAGCCAUCAACAACGGUGACAUCGCCGAGUCCUAUCACAUCAACGACGAUCUCGAGCAGAACAGAGCCUCCGCUGCUCCUGUUCCAGACGUGCACCCACCGGAAUCCCACCAGAGCGGUAUUAAGUUCUUCAAAAUCAGAAGAUCUCAACAACCUGGCGACCAAGAGUCUGUUUGA